AUUGCCCCUACUGCGGCUACUCUACCAUUAAGACUACAAACCUUAUAAGACACAUCCAUACCCAUACAGGUGAAAAGCCCUUUGCCUGUCCUCACUGCCCAUUUCGAGCUACUCAAGAAGACAAUCUAAAGCGACAUGUGCGAACGCAUACUGGAGAGAAGCCCUAUGCCUGCUCUCUCUGCUCAUACAGAUCAAGGCAACAAAGUAGCCUCAAGAGACAUGUGUAUACACAUCACAACUAAGGUGUCAGUGGACCACAACAUCCUUGGCACCUCCGAGGGCAGACCAACAAAGACCAUAGGGAUUGCCGAGGCAAUAGGAGCUACAGGCUGCAAGAAUUUCUCCUCUGCGACUCCCAAGAUCCGAUCCUGCCCCUACUGCCCCUUCACCACAACCAUUGCCACACAACUUUCGGAACACCUGCGGAGCCACGCAGUCAGAGAGCUAUUCCCAUGUCCGCACUGUCCUUUUCAAUGCUUUCAGGUGGAGAGCAUCAGGGCUCACAUACGAACACACACUGGUGAGAAGCCAUUCGGUUGUGCCUACUGUUCCUAUAGGUCAGCACAGAAAGGGAACAUGAAGAGACAUGUGUUAAAGCAUCACACCUAAGAGAUCUUACAUUGAUACUUGCAGUGAAUAAUCAGAAAUUGUGAGAACAAUUCAGCAGUGUAGCAAUUAUAGUGUGCACUGGUUGUAGUGAGAGUGAAGAUGUAUGGAUGUACAUAUGAUAAAUUAUCUGCAGAUAUUGAAAUAAAUGUUUGAUCACAUUCCCAAA